AUGACUAGCUACUGGCAUAAAUACUAUGUUUUUGAUUCAGUGCUUGCUGGUGUGAUGGCACCAAAACAGAAAAUAAGAAUCAAGCUCAGGUCCUAUUGGGUACCCCUGAUCGAGGGCUCAUGCAAGCAGAUCCUGGAAGCUGCUCGAACCACCAAUGCCAAGACUAUGGGUCCUGUCCCUCUACCCACCAAGCGCCGUGUUUAUUGUGUUCUCAAGUCACCGCAUGUGCACAAGGAUGCACGCUUCCAUUUUGAGAUCCGGACCCACCAGCGGCUGAUAGAUAUCCUGUAUCCUACUGCCCAAACAAUUGACUCACUGAUGCAGCUUGACCUUCCAGCAGGUGUUGAUGUAGAGGUUAAGCUGUGA